UGGAACUCAAAUUUUAAGCUGAUUAUGUUUUUGUGGUAAUGUCAAUGUAAACAUAAUGGCAUAUUUAAGCAGCUUUCUCUUGUAGCAUUUAAACACAGCUUAAAAUAAAUCUAUCAGAUACAUGCCAAUUUGCAGGCAACGUUUUCGAUUAUUUUAAUUUAGUUUUACUUUUCCAAUUACAGACAAAACGCUGCUAAUAAUCAUGGUGGUAAAAGUCCUCAUAUUUUUCUUGUUGGUUGCCAUAACUGUAAGUUCCUCGCAUUAUAUCCAAAAUGAAAAUAGUGAACUGAUGGAUGGAUCUGAAAUAAAUGAAGCCAGUUUAAUACCAAAAGUACGCACGAAACGUGGCAUUUUUUGGGAUUUCUUUCAAAAAGUCAUCACCACUAAAAAUUUGGUUGUUGAUCAAUUUAUUGACACAAAAAACAGUUUAAAUGAAGUCUAUAAUAUGUUCAAUAGCGCAUUUAGUGAUCCUGCUCCGAUGAAACCUACAUUGCGUCCACCACCAACUACUGAAAGUUCCAAAUCCGAAUCUGAUGAAGAGAACACCACAGAAAUGUCAACAACUACGGAAAGGUACACCAUUUCUCGUUAUGAGUUUGGAAGAAUCCUAGGACGAAAUUUCCGUGGCUUACAGCGC